UCUAGUAUUAGUGUAUUACUGGCUGCGAGCCUACCGUCUAUUGCUGCUUUCCUCGCUUCCUUUUUCGAACCAGUAAAAAAGGCUCAGCCCCGUUAAUUCUGAAGUGAAGAAAUGGCAAAAACAGAGCAUCCAGUGAAGGCUGUUGGAUGGGCUACUAGAGACCCAUCUGGAGUGCUCUCUCCAUUUAAGUUUUCAAGAAGGGCUACUGGUGAGCAUGAUAUUCAAUUCAAAGUGUUGUAUUGUGGGAUCUGUCAUUCGGAUCUUCAUUUCUGCAAGAAUGAAUGGGGCUUCUCUCAGUACCCCAUGGUACCAGGGCAUGAAAUUGUGGGUGUAGCAACUGAAGUUGGUAGUAAGGUCGAGAAAGUCAAGGUUGGGGACAAGGUUGGUGUCGGUUGCCUAGUAGGAUCAUGUCGCGGCUGUGAUAUGUGUUCCCAAGAUCUUGAGAACUACUGCCCGAAACAGAUACUAACAUACAGCGCCAUUGACACGGAUGGAACACUCACCCAAGGAGGCUAUUCUAAUAUCAUGGUAGCUGAUGAGCACUUUGUUGUUCGCUGGCCGGAGAAUCUGCCGAUGGAUAUCGGUGCACCCCUCCUAUGUGCUGGGAUCACUACUUAUAGCCCCUUGAGAUAUUUUGGACUUGACAAACCUGGCGUACAUGUCGGUAUUGUUGGCUUGGGCGGGCUUGGGCAUGUUGGCGUGAAAUUCGCGAAGGCUUUUGGUGCAAAGGUGACUGUGAUCAGUACCUCCGAGGGUAAAAGGCAGGAAGCCAUAGGAAAACUUGGUGCAGAUGGUUUCUUAAACAGCCGUGAUCCUGAGCAGCUGCAGGCUGCGGCAGGUACCAUGGAUGGUAUUAUAGAUACUGUUUCUGCUGUUCACCCCAUUGUCCCAUUGAUCAAUUUGUUGAAGCCUCAUGGGAAGAUUGUCAUGGUUGGGGUACCCGAAAAACCACUUGAAUUUGGCACAUUUCCCCUUAUAGCGGGCAGGAAGACCAUGUCUGGGAGUGCCAUCGGUGGCUUAAAGGAAACUCAAGAAAUGAUCGAUUUUGCCGCAAAGCACAAUGUCUUACCAGAUGUGGAGAUCGUCCCGGUGGACUAUGUCAACACCGCAAUGGAGCGCCUGUUGAAAGCUGAUGUCAAGUACCGAUUCGUGAUUGACAUUGGAAACACAUUGAAAUCUGAUUAAAUCGUGCAGCCCAUGCUCUCGAAAAUGUAGCUUAUACAAGAAAAGACCUAAAAAUAUCCUUUCCCUAUUAGAAUUUUUGUCCAGCUGUUAUGGGAUUGGAUUUUUACUAUUAAUGAAAUAUAUUACCAUCUGUAGUGAGUAGUAGUUUUAGUUUGAUACUUGAUACGAGUCUCAAUUGUAACAGCCUUGGAACUUGUUGCCGUCUUUCAAUGUAACGGCCGUCCCUGUCACGGAGAUGCUAUUACUUUGAAGUUAGUCGAUUAUUAUUACUUGUAUCGCCCUUUAACAUUCCUAUCUUCCAAAUAAAUAUCGGGAGAGGGCAGUUGAAAUU